GAUGAUGUCGAUGAACAGCAAGCAGCCGCAUUUUGCCAUGCAUCCUACCCUACCUGAGCACAAGUACCCCUCGCUGCACUCCAGCUCGGAAGCGAUCCGGAGAGCGUGUCUGCCAACGCCGCCGUUGCAGAGCAACCUCUUCGCCAGCCUCGAUGAGACGCUGCUGGCUCGGGCCGAGGCUUUGGCCGCCGUCGACAUCGCCGUGUCGCAGGGCAAGAGCCACCCCUUCAAACCGGACGCCACGUAUCACACCAUGAACAGCGUCCCCUGCACCUCCACCUCCACCGUGCCCCUGGCGCACCACCACCACCAUCACCACCAUCACCACCAGGCGCUGGAGCCCGGCGACCUCCUGGAGCACAUCACCUCGCCCUCCCUGGCGCUCAUGCCCGGCGGCGCCGGCGGAGGAGGCGGCGGCGGCGGCCACGACGGGGCGGGCGGCGGAGGCGGCGGGGGAGGCGGCGGAGGGGGCGGCGGCGGAGGGGGCGGCGGAGGCGGCGGCCUCAUCUCCAGCUCGGCGCACCCGCACCCGCACAUGCACGGCCUGGGCCACCUCUCGCACCCGGCCGCCAUGAACAUGCCGUCGGGGCUGCCGCACCCGGGGCUGGUGGCCGCGCACCACGGCGCGGCGGGGCAGGUGGCCUCGGCGGCGGCCGUGGUGGGAGCGGCGGGGCUGGCCUCCAUCUGCGACUCGGACACGGACCCGCGGGAGCUGGAGGCCUUCGCCGAGCGCUUCAAGCAGCGCCGCAUCAAGCUGGGGGUGACUCAGGCCGACGUGGGCUCGGCGCUGGCCAACCUGAAGAUCCCGGGCGUGGGCUCGCUCAGCCAGAGCACCAUCUGCCGCUUCGAGUCGCUGACGCUGUCGCACAACAACAUGAUCGCCCUCAAGCCCAUCCUGCAGGCCUGGCUGGAGGAGGCCGAGGGGGCCCAGCGGGAAAAAAUGAACAAGCCCGAGCUCUUCAACGGGGGCGAGAAGAAGCGCAAGCGGACUUCCAUCGCCGCCCCGGAGAAGCGCUCCCUGGAGGCGUACUUCGCCGUCCAGCCCCGGCCCUCCUCCGAGAAGAUCGCUGCCAUUGCCGAGAAAUUGGACCUCAAAAAGAACGUGGUGCGGGUUUGGUUUUGCAACCAGAGACAGAAGCAGAAACGGAUGAAAUUUUCCGCCACCUAUUAGGGGGAGGGGUCGAGGGAGGGCGCGGGGGGACCGAGGGACGGUGCCGGAGUGACUGCGGGGA